AAAGUUAACAAAACUUGAUAUUUCAAUGUAAAUAUUUUUUAAAAAUUCAAAAUAUAAAAAACAAAUCUUUUGGCUUUCUUCAAAAUUAAAAAUGCUUUUACUCCAUUUUCAAACUCCACGGCUCAACUGGUUGUUUUUAAUAAAGCGAUAUAAAUCAACCAAAUUUGAAAUUAAACCUGAAGUUCUGGCAACAUUAGAUGAAGGUUAUGCAAAAUUAAGAUCAUCGAAUUCAAAUUCGUUGCUUAAAAAGCACUUGACUCCAGAAAUUUUCAAAUCCUUGAGAACCAAAACCACAAAAAGUUCAACUCUUUUAGAUUGCAUUCAAUCGGGCUUAGCAAAUCAUGAUUCUAAAUGCGGAGUUUAUGCCCCAGAUGCUGAAGCUUAUACAAUUUUCGCGGACUUAUUUGAUCCAAUUAUUCAAGAUUAUCAUUGCGGAUUUAAGAAGACAGACAAACACCCUUAUCCGAAUUUCGGUAAUCCAUGUGUUUUUGGCGAUCUUGAUCCUUUCAAACAUUAUAUUGCCUCAACUCGUAUUCGAUGUGCCCGUUCUAUUCGAGGCUACCCUUUCAAUCCUGGCAUGACAAAAAAGCACUACGAUGAUGUCGAAGACAUGAUUCAUUGUACUCUGUCAAAAAUGGGAGAUGAAUUUAAGGGUGUUUUACAUCCUUUAUUCGGAAUGAAGAAAUCAAUUCAAAGAAAACUUAUCAAUGAUCAUUUCUUAUUCAAGCCCGGUGAUCGAUUUUUGGAAGCUGCGAAUGCUUGUCGAUAUUGGCCAACUGGUCGUAGCAUUUAUCACAACUUCGACAAGACAUUUUUAGUUUGGUGCAAUGAAGAGGAUCAUAUACGUAUGAUAUCAAUGCAAAGGGGUGGUAAUUUAGGAGAAGUUUUCAGUCGAUUACUGAGAGGCAUUCGAGGUAUGGAAGCUAACAUUCCUUUCGAAUACCAUGACCGUUUGGGUUAUUUGAAUUUCUGUCCAACUAAUUUGGGUACAGCAAUUCGGGCAUCAGUGCAUAUAAGAAUUCCGAAAUUGGCAUCGGAUAAGACAAAAUUCGAACAAAUAGCAAAAAAGUACAAAUUACAGAUACGAGGAACUCAUGGUGAGCAUACAGAUGCAGAAGAUGGUCUUUAUGAUAUUUCCAAUAAACGUCGUAUUGGUUUAACUGAAUAUCAAAUUGUAAGAGGAUUUUGUAAAGCUAUUUCUGAAAUAAUUCAGUUGGAGAAGGCAGAAAAGGGUAAAACCACAAGCAAAAAUUCAAAGUAACAAAAUAGUUUUUAAUAUGAAUUUAAAAUCACACUUAAAGUACAGAUAAUAAAUGAUUAUUAUUAUCUGUGCUUAAAGCCUUAUUAAAUGAAUGAAAUUAUCGGAAUCAGUUGGCGCAAGAAAACUUAAAUUAAAAUUAUGAAACUAUAACGGAGAACCAAAUCAACAAAUCUAUUAAAUAUUUUAUGCUUAACCAUACUAAAUUAAAUGUUUAAACUUAAUAAAACAAAUUAUUUUAUAUUAAAACAAA